GAUGUGACCGAAGACUCGCACGAAACCGGGCAUGUCCACCGCGAAGGUGCCAAAGCAUGCGUUCCGCGCGCGAGACCUGCCCUGGGCCGAGCUCGUCAGGGAGCUCGAAUUCAUCAGCACCUUGAAGCGAAAGGCGGCGCGCCUGCACUGGUUCCUCUCCACCCGCAUUGUGCGCCAGCCGUCGCCGCCCGGCUACCCGCGCGCCGCCCUGGCGCACGACCUGCACGGGCUGCUGCGGCUGCUGCUGCCCCGCCUGGACGUGGCGCGGGGCGCCUUCGGUGUGAAGGAGAAGCGGCUGGCUAGCCUGCUGGUGCUGGCACUGGGGGCGUCGGAGCGGGAUGCCCGGGCAGUCAAGGGCUGGGAGCGGCGGGCUUGUGAGCUGCGCAUGCGGUUCCCAGACAUGAUGCAGCAGUUGCUGCUGGACAAGUACUGUGCCGAGUCGCUGCCGCCCGACCUGGCGGGAAUGACACUGGGCGAGCUGAACGCCCAGCUUGACGCGCUGGCGGCGGUGGCGGCGCGUGCCGAGGCGUCCGCGGUGCGGCCCAACACCCUGGUGGCGGGCGCAGCGGCGGCGGCGGCGGCAGCGGCGGCAACGGCGCCGCCGCCCGCCACCGCAGCAGCAGGCGCGGCAACCGCGGGCUGUGCAAGUGUCGCGUCAGGGGGCUUGGAGGCGGACGCAGCGGCGGCAGGGACUACUGCCGGCAGUGCGGGGGCGGGGGCGGGGGUGGGAGUGGUGGGGGCGGGAGUGGUGGGGGCGGCGGGCGGGAAGAAGGCGGUGGCGGCAGCGGCCGUGGUGGUGGAUGAGAGGGCGCGGCUGCGGGCGCUGUGCGGCCCGGAGGCCACGGCGCAGCAGGCGGCGCUGCUGCGGUGGCUGCUGCGGCGCUGCACGCCGGCGGCGGGCCGCUGGCUGCUGUGCGUGCUGCUGCGCGGCGAGAUGCCGGUCGGGCUGAGUGAGCGGUCGCUGCUGGGCUGCCUGCACCGCGACGCCUGGGAGGCCUUCAGCAGCUGCUGCUCGCUGGAGGAGGUGGCGGCGAGCCUGGGGCCCGCGGGCGCCGUGUACAAGCGCACGGCGGUGCAGCCGGGGCUGUGUGUGAGUCCACAGCUGGCCGCCAAGCCGCCGCCCGGGGGCCUGGAGGAGGUGGUGCGGCGCCACUCCGGCCGCCCCUUCCGCGUGGACACCAAGUUCGACGGAUGGCGCAUCCAGCUUCACGUGGUGGACCCGAAACCAAAGCCGGCGGCAGCCGGGGCGGCGGGGUCAGCAGCCGGGGCAGCCGGGGCGGCGCCUGCGCCCGUGGUGCACUACUACAGCCGGCGCUUCCUGGACCACGGCCCCCGCAGCGGCUUCAACGUGCUGGAUGGCGCCGUGCUGAGCUUCCUCAGGCCGCCGCCGCCAGGGCCGGCGGCGCCGCCAGGAUCGCUGCCAGGGCCGCAGGGUGCGGCCGCGGGUGUCGAUGUAGAUGGCGGCGCAGGACGCCAGGGGAUGGAGGGGAAGGGCGAGGAAGCGGAGGCGGUGGCGGCUGCGCGGCCGCCGCAGGUUGUGCUGGACGGCGAGAUGCUGGUAUGGAACAAGGACAGGCGCGCCUGGGAACCGUUCGGCUGCCUGGCCGCCGCGGUGCACGCCGCCGCCGCCGGCUGGGCGCCCGAGGAGCUGGUCAAGGGCUGGGAGGUGAUGGUGCCGCCCGCCGCCGCCCAGCAGCAGCAGCAGCCGCCCGCGCCGCCGUGUGUGUGGCAGCUGGAGGUGGUGUACGUGGUGUACGACAUCUUGUACUGCAGCGACACCUCCACACUGCACAUGCCGCUGCAGGAGCGGCAGGAGCUGCUGGCGCAGGUGGUGGCGGCGCAGGCCCCCGGCGGCGGCGUCCGGGGCGGCGUGCCUGUGGGGCGUGUGGGCGCCGUGACCUUCCGCAUGGAGGCGCUGAUGCCGGGCCGCCCGCUGCAGCAGGACGGCCGGCUGCACAGCUGGCUGUGCUCGAAUGUGGAGCAGCUGCGUCGCCUGCACGACCAGCAGACACGGGAGCAGCGCGAGGAGGGCGUGGUGAUCAAGUCGCUGACUGCGCCCUACCGGCCGGCCGCGCGCUCCGAGUCCUGGGUCAAGCUCAAGCCCGACUACCUCACACUGGGCGAGUUCGACUGCGUGGUGCUGGGCUGGAGGGCGGGCACGGCGGGAGGAGACAGGACCUCCUUUGGCUCCUGGCUGCUCGGUCUGCCAGACCCACAGCCCCAGCCCCAGCCCCAGCCCGUUGACACCACCACCACCACCACCCCAACCACCCCAACCACUUCAACCGCCGCCGCGGCCGCCAGUAGCCCGCCGCCGCCCCUCCAGUUCGUCACAUUCGCGGUGGUGUCGGCGCUUGUGCGUGAGGAGCGGCGCGAGGUGCUGGAGGCGCGGCUGCUCAGCAGCGGCCUCAUGGCGCCGCCGGCGGAGGUGGCGGCGGCGGUGGGCCGCAGCAACAGUGGCAACAGCAGUGGUGGUGGUGGUAGUGGUGGUGGAGGGGGUGGCAGUGGCGGUGGCGGUGGUGGCAAGAGUGGUAAUGGCGGCGGUGGUGCUGGCAGUGGCGGUGGUGGAAGUGGCCGGCUGAGUAGCCGGGCGGAGCGGCUGGCGCGCGGCUGCCCCGCCUGGUUGCGGGCCACGGGCGACCCGGAGGAGUGGCCGGACCUGAUGGUCACAGACCCGCACAAGAGCAUCGUGGUGCAGGUGAACGCGGACGUGAGGCUGCAUGCGAGCCACGUGUUCGCGGCGGGCUGCACGCUCCGCUUCCCGCGCAUCACCCGCCUGCGUGAAGACCGCAGCCCCGCAUCGGCCACCAGCCUGGCAGAGCUGAGGAACAGGCUGGCGGCGGCGGCGGCGGCGGGGGCGGCGGCGGCGGCGGCGGCAGGGGUUGCCGGGAGUGCGGGCGGCGACUCGGAGGGCCUGGGGGAUGGGGAUGGUGAAGAUGGGGACACGGCGGAUGAGAAGGAGGGAGAGCGGCGGCGGGCGGCGGAUGCGGCGGGGGCGGCGGCGGCGGCGGCGGCGCAGACGGGGCGCAAGCGGCGGCGGCUGACGGUGCCAGACGCGGUUGUGGAUGAGGAGGAGGCGGAGGCAGCGGGUCGCCACCGCCCGCACCAGCCCGGCGGUAUGGUGGUGGACGGGCCCCCGCCCCCCGCGGCGUGGACGCCACCGGCGACGGCGCCGCCACCGCGGCCCGCAGCAGGCGGGCGGGGCCGGCGGCGGCGGGCGCAGCAGCAGCAGCAGCAGCAGCAGCAGCAGCAGCAGCAGGGGUCGCUGCCGGGAGGGGGCCGCAGCAGGUGCGGUGGGGCGCCGGCAGCUGUGCCAUUGGCACUGAGGCCGCCAGCUGGUCAGGGCGAGCAGCCCACACACUUCGACCUGCUCCACGGCGCCUGGGUGUGUGUGGAGGGCGUGUACGGCACCGCGGCGGCGGUGCGGCGGCGGCGGGCGGAGCUGGGGGCGCUGGUGGGGCUGCUGGGGGGCAGACUGCUGGCCACGUAUACCGGCCGCGGCUCCUGCGCCGCCUCCUAUGUGGUGCUGGACGGCUGGGACCCGCAGAGGGCCGCCGCCGACACACGCCGCCGCCUGCUGCUGCGGCCGGCCUGGCUGGAGGACUGCUACAACGAGCGCCGUCUCAUCCUGCCGCCACGGCCCGCACACGCAUGGCGCCUAGACCUCACGCCCACCACCACCUCCGCCACCGCCGCCUCCGCCACCACCGCCGCCGCCUCCGCCUCCGCCUCCGCUGUAGACAUGUACGGCGUGCCGCUGUACGAGCGGUUGGAUGACGAGGACGUACGAAUGCUGCUGGAGCGACACGUGCUAGCCACUCCGGCGCCAUUGCUGCUGCAAGCCCCGCCACCGGCACCGCCGCCGCCGCUGCAUCACCACCACCAGCAGCGCCGGCAGCACCAGCACCAGCAUCCAUCAGAGAAGCCUAGGCUGCCGUACCGACGGGCGACAGUCGCGCCGCCGGCGGCGGUAGCGGCGGCGGGCAACGGCGGCGGCGGCGGCCGCGUGGAGAGCUAUGCGGGUCUCAAGCAGCGGCUGGCGGUGGCGGCGGCGCUGGGGCCGCGGCAGCUGUUCACACUGCGGCAGCAGCAGCAGCAGCAGCUGCGUCGUUGUCCUGACGGCAUCGGUGACGGCAUCGGUGCUGUUACUGGCGGUGGCAGCGGUCUGCGCGACUGCGUCACCAUGCGCGACGUGGUGGUGUGGGUGCAGCGGCAGCUGGAGGCAGGGGGCGCGCCGGUGGGGGCGCCGCCGCCGCCGCCGCCGGUGGAAGUGGAGGAGGAGGAGGAGGCGGCCGAGGAGGCGGGCGGUGACGGCGGCGGACGUAAGUGUGGCGGCGGCGGCGGCGGCGGCGGCGAGUGGUGGUACGGCAGCGGGCUGGGUCGGGUGUUUGCGGGGGCGCACGUGCUGUUGCUGGACGUGUCGCAGCAACAGCUGGCGGCGGCGGAGGCGGAAGCAAAGGCGGACUUGAAUGUGGAGGUUGAGGCGGCGGCUGGCGAGGGGCAGCAACCGGCACCAGCACCAGUAACAUCGGCGGCAGCAGCCCCCCAGCUGAAUCCGCCUCUUGAGUUGAUGGCGGGGGUGGGUGCGGUGAUGGGGCUGGUGGGCAAGUGGUGCACCCCUGCUGGGCCGGGUGAGGCGGCUGCUACUGCUUCUGCUGCUGCUGCUGGGGCUGCUACUGCUGGGGCUGCUACUGCUGCUGCUGCUGCUGCUGGGGCUCCUGGGGCUGCCGAUGCCGCGUCAGCAGCCGCCCCGUCCUGGUGCUGCUGGAGGCCUGAAGCGGCGGCGGCGGCGGCGGCGGCUGCCGCCGCCAUGCCCGCCGGCGCUGCCGCCGCUGACGCCGCGCUGCAGCGGUUGCGGCUGGAGGUGGUGCGCGGCGGCGGCAGGCUGGCGGGCGGGUGGAGUGAGGGCGUGAGUCAUGUGGUGCUGUUCGAUGGCCGCGAGCACCCUCCCGCCGUGAGCGGCGGCAGCGGCGGCGGCGGCAGCGGCGGCGGCGGGAGCGGCGGCGGCAACAGCGGUGGCGGUAGCCGUGAAGCCAGCGACAGACUUGGACUUGUACCGGGAAGGGUAGUGAGAGGAGCGCCGCCGCUGGUUGCUGCGGAGGCGGUGGUGGCAGCGCUGCGGAGCAUGUGCAGCGGCCAGCAGUGGGAGCGGGCGGCGGCGGCGGCGGCGCAGAUGUACAGGGAGGCAGCGGCGGCGGCGGCGGCGGCGGCGGCGGCCGGUGUUGCACCAGCCGCCGCCAGUGCUAUUACUACCACCGCUGCCGCUGCUUUGACCGCGGCCAAUGCGGGUGCUGGUGCGGGUGCUGGUGCUGGUGCUGCAGCGACAGUUGCAGCCGGGCACCAGCACCAGCUCCAGCAUUUGGAGGACCACUCGCCAAGACCGCAGCCGCAGUGCCGCCAGCGCUGCCGGGAAGUGCGCCGUGGUGGUGCUCCCGGCGCCGCGCCGGUGUCCCCACCACCACCACCACCACCACCACCAUCACCACCACAACCACAAUCACCACCACCACCACCACCAGCAGCAGUAGCAUCAUCAUUAUCUGUGAUCAGGCGACAGGCGGCGGGGCCCAGCAGCAGGGCCGGCCCCGAGCCGAGUGAACUGGCGCGGCUGCUUGCCUGGCUGGGUGUCGGCAUGGGCGGCGGCGGCGGCGGCGCCGGCAAGCGCAUGCGCACGGACGCAGAUGCAGACGUGGACACGAGGAAUGCCGGCCGCGUCGGCGGCGGCGGCGGCGGCGGCGGCGGUGGCCACUGCUGCGUAGGCACGGCGCGGCUGCCGCUACCGGCGGGCGGCGUGCGGGUUGUGGACUGGAGGUGGGUACCGGAUUCGGUGCAGCGCUGCGAGCAGCUGCAGCUGCAGUGGCACCGGCAUGCAGUGGCGGCGCCAGCGGCAGUGCCGCACCGCCGCACCCCGGCGGCGGCUGCAGCGCCCGCGGCGGGCGGCGGCACCAGUGGCCUGCUGCUGCGCACUUGCCUGCGCGGCGGCGGCGAGGGCGGCAGCAGUGGCACCCCGUCAGCGGCGGCAGGAGGGGCGUCGGGGCCGGCGGCGCCGGCACCGGCUGCGGUGGGCAGGGACGGCGGCAGUGGCAGCGGCGGGUGGGAGUCGGAGUGUGACUGGGGCUCCUCUGCUGGGUCAGAGGCACCGGCUGGCUCAGAGGCGCCGGUCGGCGGCUGCAACACAACAGAGGAGCAGGCGGAUGAGGAGGAGGAGGAGGAGGAGGAGGAGGAGGGGGAGGAGAGGGAGGAAGGCGAGGAGAGGGAGGGCACGGCUCAAGGCGGGACACUGGAGGCGCGGCGGCAGCGGCGGCGCCGGCGCCGGCGGCUGCAUGUGGUGGCCGCAAGGCCGCACGCGCUCAGCGGCUUCAGCGGUGCUCGCCUGGAGCUGUCGCCCUUGCCUGAGGACUGGUACCCGCCCCGGAUAGCGCCGCCGAAGCAGCCACCACCGCCGCCGCCGCAACUGCCCUCAGCAUCAGCCAGCCACCCGCCGCCGCCGCCGCAGUCGCCGCCGGCAGCAGGAGGAGCGGGGACAGCAGAAGCAGCGCGCCUCCCUGCUUCUCAUCCGGCGGCGGCGGCGGCGGCGGCAACGGCAGCUACACCGGUGGACGUUUCGGUGGUGAUGGCGUCUGCUGCAGCGGCUGCAGGCAAAGCUGACCCGUGGCUACUGCUGGCGGAGCGGCUGCGGGAGGCGCCACCACCACCACGUGGCAGCGGCGCCGCCGCGGCCGCCGCGGCUGGGAACCAGGCCCGGGCCCGGGACCGGGACCGGGGCCGCGGCCGUGCCGGAGAGUGCGCGGCAGCAGUGCCCACUGACACUGCUGCUGCUAGGGCUGCUGCUGCUAGGGCUGCGGUUGGUGAUACUGCGGUUGGGGCUGCUGCUGGUGCCGAUGGCGAUGGCGGCGACGUCGUGUGUGCGCUGUGGCGGCGACUGCUGCACGGCUCCUCCGCCUCCGGUGCUGACGAGGAGGAGGAGGAAAAGGAGGAGGAGGGUGCGGGCGUCACACAGCAGCCGGCAAAGGCGGGCGCGGAUGUCGACCAGCCGGGUGAUGCCUGCGAUGCCUGCGGUGCCUGCGGUGCCUCCACCGGUGGCGUUGACACCGUGGAGGGCAGCACCAGCAGGCGGCUGCAGCCACUGCAGCCACUACCUCUGCUGCCGUCAGAGGGCAGCGACAGGGAUCGGCCGCCUUCGCAGCUGCUGCUCACGCCGCCGCAGCGGCCGCGGUCCGACCAUCAGCUACAGCACCACAAUGACCCACAGCCAGAGCAGCUAAAGCCAGUCGAACAUGAGCAACAGCCGCAGCCGCAACAGCAGCCGCCACAGCAGCAGCCACAGCAGCCGCAACCGCAGCCGCAGGGCCGGCGGCUGGUUGAGGGCCUCCCGACUCCCGCGUGCGACCACCCCGCCGCCACCACCGCCCAGGCCAGCAGCGAUGCCUCGCCCAAGCCCGCCGGCUGCAGCAAGGGAGGAGCAUCAACCGCAACCGCAACUGCUACUGCUGCUGGGAUGGAUGCAGCGGGCCUGGGCAUGCCGCCGGCGCCGGCGCCGCCGACAGCUGCGACUGACGGCGGCCCAAGCACGCCGGCACCUCGGUCCACGACGGUGCUGCGCGGCGCCAGCAGUAGCCAGUCGUCAUCGGCCCUCGACCACCUGGACCGCCUGCCGCCACCACCCGCACUGCCACUGCCGCUGACGGCGGCCGCUCUACCGCUGCCGCUGUCGUUGGCCCCUCUACCGCUGCCGCGGCUGCCGGCGUUGGCGCUGCUUGACGGGCAGGUGGAUGGGGCGGCGGCGGUAGCGGUGGGGACGAUGCCGGCCACGGAGCCAGCAGCAGUAGCAGCAACGUUGGAGAGCGGAGCAGCAUCAGCAGCGGCAGGUGUGAAGAGCGGGACAGCGGCCGCAGAUGGCGAGGUUGCCGCCGCCGCUGCAGCGUUGCCAAUGGCCGCCGCUAGCAGUCGCGGCUGCUGUGUGGAGGCGGGCGGAGCGCCAGCUGGGCGGCCCAGCGACCGCCGCCACCACCACCAGCAGCGGCGGCGGCGGCGGCCGGCGACACCUCCACUCCGACUCAUGCUGCAGCUGCUGAUGUCGGAGCCACAGCUGGCGGACGACUCGCCGCCGCCACUUGCAGUGCCGGCACUGCCCGAGACACGGGCGCAGACGCGGCAGCCUGACGCAGACGGGGACGGGAACGGGGCGGCGGGCACAGCGACCGCAUCUCGUGCCGCUGCCGUGGCGCCGCUAGCCGCAGGGAGUGACGCCGCUGAUGUUGUUGCUGGCACUGAUGCUGGUGCCGGUGCUGGUGCUGCUGAAGUGUGCGUUGGUGGGGCAAGUGGUGCUGACAAGGAAGAGGAGCGGGCCGGCGGCUGCCGCCCGGAUGAUGAAUGUGCAAGUAGCGCCGAUCGCGAGCGCGAGCGCUGUUCCGCCUCGGCUGCUAAUGUGCAACAGAAUACGGCGUCUGAGGACCCGGCGGGUCCGAAACAAGCCGUACAAGACCUUGAGAGCCGUGAGCACAGUGCGGAGGCUGCAAGGGAAGCGGGACGGAAGAGGAGCCGCAGCCGAGGUGGGGAUAGCGAGGAGCGGCGGGAUGCGGCGCGGAGGCGCAAGGCGGCGCGGAGGCGCGACAGCAGGGGGCGGCUGCUGCUGACGCGGCUGGCGAUGGUGGGGCUUGAUGGCGGGAGCGAUGAUGGUGGUGAUGGCGGGUUGGAUGGUGUCAAAGAUUAACAUUUGCAAUUUUGGCACGCACAUUCGCACUUCGUGUGGACUGACACUUCUUUGCAUUCGCAUGUUGUUUGUUUAUUUAUGACCUGGUGGGCAGGAGAUGGAGUGAGCAAGUGUGGCGCCGUAGCGUGUGCACGUGCAUGUGCGAGCACUCUUGAGGAGUAUGGUAUUCGUGACGUUGUCCCAUUAUCCGUUUCUAUUUGCAGUUGACAGUUUGCAGUUGACCGCAGGGCGCCAGAGCGCAGGAUGUGUGGCAAGCCGGGGUUGAAUGCGUAAAGAUGUCGUUUCAAUUGUCAGUUGACCGCAGGAUGGCUCGAUUGACUGCUGCUCACACCGUAUCCUGGGAUGCUACAUGUGUUACGAAUACUCUGUGCAUCAACCGGCUCUAGGGUGGGUUGCAGACUGCGCCGGAUAGCGUUAGGCAGCUGGGUGAGGGCAGGUAGGGUCAUGGUUUGCAAACGCAAAUGCAGUCAUGCAGGCCUGGGGCACCGAGCCACACGCUGUAAGCUAGCAAAUGCUAGGAGCCCAGGAGAUACUAGAAUGCAUGCGUCUUACUUGGGAAGUCUUGAGAGUCACCGGAGUCUUGAGGAGGCUACACACUAUACGAUACAGGAGUGUGGCACUAAAAAGUACCGGGGAAUAGAGAGAGCGGCCCUUAAGAGCGCGCACCGUUCUGUACGGUGCCCAUGCGGAGCCGCGUGUCCGCCUCGACACGGCUCGGGAGAGAGAGACUUGCUCGUGUAACGGAAUCCUCCU